AUGAAAGCUGCUCAGAGUAGGAAAAAGUCUUAUGCAGACAAGAGGAGGAAACCUUUGGAGUUUUCAGAGGGAGAGCAUGUGUUUUUGAAGGUGACUCCUACUACAGGUGUGGGAAGGGCUAUCAAAGCUAAGAAGUUGAAUCUUAAGUUUAUUGGGCCGUAUCAACUGAGGAAGUAUAUUCAUGAUCCAAGUCAUGUUUUGGAAUCAGAGGCAGUGCAAGUUAAGGGGAAUUUAACUUUUAAGAAAAACCCAGUUUUAGUGGCAGAAAAGAAAGUUAAGCAGUUGCGAGGAAAAUCUAUCAAUUUGGUAAAGGUUAUUUGGGAUGAGGUUACUAAUGAAGCUACUUGGGAGUUGGAAGAUAGGAUGAAGGAUCAAUACCCAUAUCUCUUUUUGAGUAAGUGA